UACAGCCUGAAUUCAAAAGUGAAACCAGUUUCACCUUCAACAAUGAUAUGUUGAGCUACUACAAGUGGUUGGACACCCUGAAAGUCUCACUGCAGAUCACACACAGUCUACAAGUGCUGCAGAAGAGCCAGUUUGACACACUACAUGCAUUGUCCAUCAAGGUGGAGACCAGUGACAUCUACAAACAACACAAUGAUGUACACGUGGGCUUGCAUGAACAGACAUGACAGUAAACAACUCAUUGUAGAACUUCAACCAACCUUACCAGAUCCUGCAAGCUUUGACACAAGUGCAAUGUUUGCCUCGUACAAGAAUGACACCUACUACUGUAGUCUGCCCACCACAGACAUCAGCUUCGAGGACCUGCUCCUGCCUUACCCCUGGACCCACGUGGGCCUCGACGGCCAGAGCAGGUCACUGUUCUUCUCCAGCCUCUGGGAUCACAUUACCAGCUGUUCAGACCCUCAAGAAGGCCUGCAGUCUGUGAAGAUAGUGUCAUGUCCUCUUCCGAAAUUAAAGCUGGAAUGGGACAGGUUUCAACUUGGACCUGAUAAGACAUCAUAUCUCAUCUUUCUGCCUGCCAAAUAUCAUCUGCUGUUCAAGGUUCAAGAAAGACAAGAUAACUUGGUGGUUUCCAUAGCAACUGAUUACUGGAAAAUACUCCCUCAUGUUAAUGAAUACCUGUGCCAACUUGAUUCAUCAUGUUCAUAAAAGUAUAUUUGUUCAAAUUAUGUUGUAUGAAGUUUACCUACCACAUGCCAAUUGAUCUUCCUUUUGAGAUGCCCAAAUUUUGAUGUAAUUCCUCCCCCCAUUCCUGAAUAUUUCUUUUGGGUGUUUCAUUAGAACUAAAAAAUAUAUUUCCUUUGAUCAUUGUAGGGCAGUUGGAUAGUGUUGUGGUUAGGGUAGUCAUUUGUCCCACCCAAAUAUCCGGGUUCAAAUCCACACGGGUAAUACAUGAUUUAUCCACACGGGUAAUACAUGAAGCCCAUUUCUGGUUUCCCCCUGCCAUGAUAAAUGAGAAAUGUUACUGUAAUAAGUGAAACAUACUUCCUCACUUUGUACAAACUCAACAGUGUGAACUCAGCUGAAGUCAGAUGUGAUUAUUGAUUUGAUCAUGUGAACACUGCAUCAGUGGUUUCUUAAACAUAUUGCUGGAAAUUGGCUGUCUAUUUAUUGCUAUCAUCAUGAAUACCAUAUGAAUAAUAUUUCCUGAGGCAUAAAAUGUGAUAUGUGCAAUUCAAUCAAAGGUGCUGUGAUAUGUAAAGAACAUAACAUGUAUGAAUGGUGAACUAAUGUAUUGAUGUUCUUGAAGGCAUUCCAAGAAAUAAAUAAUACUUUCUA